AUGGCAGCUGAAGCAGAGGGUACUCGCAUAGCUAAAGCUAAAGUUAUAGAAUCGGAAGGUGAAAUAAAAGCAGCUGAAAAUUUGAAGGAAGCUUCUCAAAUGAUGAUGGAGAAUCCACAAAUAAUGCUGCUCCGUUAUUUACAAACUUUAAACUCGAUUGCUUCAAAUAACUCUGCAACAAUAUUCUUCCCCUUCCCAAUGGAACUUCCUACGACAAACACGGGUUUAAACGAUCAGAUCAUGAAAAAUCUUUCAGCAACCGAAAGUGGGGAGGAUGCCCCCUUCCCCCAGUACCACUCCCAUGACAAGGCAACUCACAGUUGCCGAGAAAUACGAUUUUUUAUAACCUUACCUCAAAACACUAAAAGUCACUUAAUAGGCAAAGUCUACGCGGGCUCCUACUUCUGGGUGGUUUGCAACAUGCAGCAGGCAUGGCUUCUGUCACGGCUCCGGCGCUGCGGGGCUCCGGCGGUCCCACGCGAGCUAAUCGUCGCAGAUGGUUUUACGCCCAUCACCGCGGCUUCCGCUUGCUGGCCGGCUUCGCCGGCCAGCCUCAGCCACGGCGAUGUGCGUUAUAACCACCUGCUCCUCAGCUCGCGGGCCGGCCCGCCCCUCCGCACCUUCGCGAAUUUAAAAAACACUCUCGGGGUAGGGCAGAAAAGAGACCACGUAAACAAAGACAUCAGCUUACCAUUGCAGUUACAAAAAACAAUGGCUACGGAAGCGGAAUCGUCACGAUUGGCGAACGCUAAAAUAAUUGUAGCCAAAGCUGAAAUAGAAUCAACUAAAAAUCUCCAGAAGGCUACUAAAUUGCUUAUGGACAACCCUUAUUGCAUGCAGCUUAGAUACCUGCAAGCUCUACAGAUGAUUGCUGGCGAAAAUACACAUACUGUCGUGCUUCCAAUUACACCAGAAAUGUUUAAGGGCCUAUUUAAGUGA